CAAUAAACAAAACAACGCCGAGUUUGUUUACUUUCGUAUUCGUUAAGUUUAUUGUUUAAGUAAAAUAUUAUUUUUUGAAUUUUUUUGUGUGGCUAGCCAGAAUAUUGGCUGGCUCGUUUAAUCAACGAUCCUGGCGAUAUCAGCGGGUAUUUAUUUGGACUUUCCAUCAUCAUAUACAACAAUGAUGAACGAAUUGUCCGAUUCGGGUGCAGUUAAUUAUGCUGAUACACGUAAUCGAAUUGUAUCGAAUCUUAUGUCAUCGAUAAGAUAUCAGAAUGACAUGAGUGGUGAUAAUCUCAGUAAGAUAGUUAAAUGUGAACCUGGUACAAAUUUUUCUUUAUCAACUCGACCUUUAUCAGCACAACAUGUUCCAUCAUAUGUCAAUGACACAUUACAGCAAAGUCAAUUAUUAAGAAAUGAAGAUCAUUUAUCAAGGGAACCGUAUCAUCAUGGACUAUUGCCAGAUUUAAUUUUACAUAAAGACUGCAGUUCAAAUAGUGUAAUUGUUCACAGCACAUCAUCAACACCGAACACAAAUCCACCAACACCAUCCACCACAGCACAAGCGGAACUUCCAAGUCAAUCGAGUUCGGGUUUAAAUAAUGUGACGUCACCGGAUGUUGUGACCAGUCACAGUAGUGAUCAUCAUGGUGUGGGUAGUGGCAAUAGUAAUUUAAUAAACGCAACAAGUUCAACAUCAAAUCAUAAUGGUACAGGCUUAACAACAUCAACAGGCUCAACAACAACAGAUAAUGAAAAUUCAACAAUAUCAACAAUAAACAACAACAACAAUAAUAAUAAUAACAAUAAUAAUAAUAAUAAUUUAACAAAACCACCAUACUCAUAUGUUGCAUUAAUUACAAUGGCAAUACAAAGUAGUCAACAUAAACGUGCCACAUUAAGUGAAAUCUAUACAUAUAUAACGAAUAAAUUUCCAUUCUUCGAGAAGAAUAAAAAAGGUUGGCAAAAUUCAAUUCGACAUAAUUUAUCAUUAAAUGAAUGUUUUGUGAAAAUGCCAAGAGAUGGUGGUGGUGAACGGAAAGGAAAUUAUUGGACUUUAGAUCCCCAACAUGAAGAUAUGUUCGAAAAUGGAAACUAUCGCCGAAGAAGGAGAAUGAAACGUCCUUACAGUAAUAUAUUCAGCAGAUCAGCACCAUACCCUAAGAACCUGUUUGGUGAUCCAUUUGGAAGCUCACAUCACGUCACACAUCAACAUCUACCAUUGGCUACACGUAACUUGUUUGGCACGCCCCCCACGUACCCGACAUCGUAUUCACGAUAUGAUCACAGUACUUCGUGGAUGCAAGCACCACAAUUAAGUUAUCCAUCAUGUCAAGCAGUUGUUCGAUCUAGUAAUCCACAUUCGUCGCAUCAAGGAUUGGGUCCAUAUUCUCAACUGCAAUCACAAUUACAACCAUCAUUGCAGCCCGUUCAAAGUCUAAAUAUGAAUAGUUACAAUCAAUUAUCGAAUUCUAUAAUUGAUCAUUUUGCACAAUCAACGAUUGCUGGUGGUAGUAGCAGUCCAGGCUCAACAUUUAGUGCUGGUUUUUCACCAUGUAGUCGUCGUGAUGUGACCUCCGAAUCAAUGCGAUACCCACCAUAUUGGCAUCCUGAUGUUGUGAAUUCAGCUGUAAAAGAUGAACCAGGAACGACAACAGUGGGUUCUAGUAGUUCAGCAUUUCCAAAAUGUUUUAUUUAAAUUAUUAUUUUAAAAUAAAAAAUAUUUAAUAAUAGCUCAGUCUGUAGAGCUCAAAAAGAAUCAUUAAUACGGAUUUUUAAUGUUGAUAAAUUAAUUAGGUAACACUCCAAUUAAGAUUUCGUGAGACCACAGAAAGAAAAAUGA